CACUUGAGGGCCGCCUUGGACAUCGUUGGGCAACGUUGGAGCCAACUGAGGGUUCAUCUGAAAGCCAUGCUUCUGUAGUCUUGGACACUGGCUCGCGCAGUCACACCUCGUACCCGACCUCACACAAAUACAUUACGCUUGCGGUCUCCUCUCGUUUGAGAUGAAGGCCCAGGCAGUAUUCACGUUCAUGUGGCCGGUGGUAUUAUUGACAACCGCGGGUGCCAUUCAUGUGCAACAAGGUGACAGGAUGUCGCGCAUGGAGGCCAAGAUGAAGUCAGCAUCGGCGGCUUUAGCGUCUUUGAGCGCAAACUUGUCGUCCACUUACACGUCCAUUGGAUGUUGGAACAAUUGCCCGCGUGUGUGGUCAACGAGCGCCAGCAUCGGCAGACCGCAUAAUUCGGUCUCUUGCGGGGCUCUCGCGGAAGCUGGGGGCUACAAGUUCUUCUCCGUAGAGGAUGGCAACCAUUGUUGGUUACACACGGAGACGUCGAUCAUUUCCAGGCCAUCUGAUUUCAGCACUUGUGCCGACGGAGGUAGCAGCUGCGUGACUCACGUGUACCAGGUGUGCUCGGAUGUCACGGCGAGGGCGGAAGGCUGUGACCAGCCUAGCAGGGGAACGUCCUGUGGAUGCGGGUGCGCGAUCGUCACGGGCAUGGGCAGCGGAGACGCGACUUACAGCCAUGCAUCUAACUAUCGCGGCAUUAUGGUGUCCACUAGUGCAGGGCAUAAUUUCUUCAGCUACACAGAUCUGACCUCGCUCAAAAAUCACCUCAAUGGUAUUGCUGCUGGCACGGUGGUAGCUGUCGCGACAAAUGACGAGCCGUUUUUUCAUUGGUAUGAGAAUUCAGGGAACAUCGGAACGGAUUUAAAUAAUAUCUUGGUGUCCAUGGGCAUGCCAGCGCCCAAUGGGGGUACCCUUUCCAGCGAUAUGUUUCGCGCUUCCUAUGCGGGCGUUGGCCAGGCGGGAUGCGGCAGUUCAUGUCCAACGUGGACUGGCAGCGUAUACACGGCGCGGUACGCUGAUGUUGCCAUUGUACUUCUGUUUGUGCAUCGACGCCGUCCCCGACGCCGUCCCCGACGCCUUACCCGACGCCCUUCCCGACGCCCUACCCGACGCCCUACCCGACGCCCUUCCCGACGCCCAACCCGACGCCCACCCCGACGCCCAACCCGACGCCUUAUCCGACACCUUUUCCGACAGCUUUUCCGACGCCCAGCCCGACACCCAGCCCGACGUACCCUCCGGGGUGGCCGACGCCAAACCCGACGUUUCCUCCUGGAGCUCCCAUGGCGGGUGGAGCCGGAGGCGUGGCUGCGACUGGCGAUCCCCACUUAGCAAAUGUGUUUGGCCAGCGAUUCGACCUAAUGAAGCCAGGCAACCACGUUCUGAUCAACAUACCUCGCGGAAGGUACAAUAACGUAAUGCUUCGCGUGGAGGCCGAGGCGCGCCAGUUGGGUGGACAAUGCGCAGACAUGUAUUUCCAGGACUUGAACGUGACAGGGUCUUGGGUGGAGGAGAAACACACCGGCGGUCUCCGCUUCCAAGCUCAAGGCAGUCACAACGAGAGUCCGCAGUGGCUAAAGUUCGGGAAGGUUCAGAUCAAGGUUGCCCAUGGGCACACGCAGCAGGGCACCAUGUAUCUAAAUUUGUACGUCAAGCACCUCGGACACGCAGGCUUCGCGGUCGGAGGGCUGCUUGGAGAAGAUGAUCACCUGGAAGCAAUGACGCCUCCGGGGGAAUGCGUUCACCGCACUUCCCUUCUGCAGGUGUCAGCCCUGGAAGGGAGCUCGGUUGCGGAGGCAAGCUUCGCGUGAUCAUGCGAUCCACAUAUGCGAUGAUGACGUCUCGGCAUUCAGCGCUAAAGCUGAUACGUUUUGCCACCAGGAAGGCCCACCCCCUACUCGUGACAGGGGGGGCCUCCUGGUUUGUCUGAUCCAGCCAGGGGGAUCCCCGUUGGUCCAGCCCCACGGGCUCCCUGGCGUACAUCAUGACCUUCUGAUUCAGCCGUCCAUCUGGCCGCGGAA